CAAACUUGAAUAUUUUUGUUUAAGAGUUAUUGUACUGCAACAAUGAUAAAAUAUGGUACAGUUUGUACUUCAAUAUGUUCAUUUGUACUACACGCAGGCAUGAUGACGAUGGGGCUGCUGAUAGUUUGUAAUCUCUAGUUCGUUUCCUCCUUAUCAUUAAACCCUGUCAGCUGUGCCUCUGGCUAUCUUUUACCUCUAGAUAUAAAAAACCUAGGUACUAUUCUAGUGUUCAGUUCAAAAUUGUUUUAAAAUGGCUUUGAUACAGCAGAGGCACUCUCUUCCGCUCUACUCAGUUCAACGUCACACUGUAUCAACGAACCGUUCAAAAAAUAUUAUUUGACUGCCAGAGAGGACCGGUGCCAAAGUUUCGAACUGCUUCGCGAGCAGUGGCACUUCUUGAACUGAAGCCUCCUCCCUACAAGUUUGAUGCAUUAGAACCACACAUGAGCCAACAGACUUUCGAAUUCCAUUGGGGCAAACAUCAUCGAGCUUAUGUUGAUACCUGUAACAAUCUGAUCAAGGACACAGAGUUGGAAAACUGUAUGCUAGAAGAGAUUAUCAAGAAAACAUAUAACAAUGGUGAUCCUCAACCAGCAUUCAACAGUGCUGCUCAGGCCUGGAACCAUGAGUUCUUUUGGGAAUGCAUGAAACCUCAAGGUGGGAAAAAGCCAAAAGGAGAGAUCCUGGAACUUAUUGAAAAGGAUUUUGAUUCAUACUAUGAAUUUCUCAAAGAGUUCAAGCAAGCUGCAGCUACACAAUUUGGUUCUGGUUGGGCUUGGCUUGUGUUGAAAGAUGAUAAACUUGCAAUUGAGAAAACUCCAAAUGCUCUGAACCCUCUAGUGUGGGGUCAUGUGCCACUUCUGACCAUAGAUGUUUGGGAGCAUGCAUAUUACCUUGACUAUCAGAACCGAAGGCCAGAUUACAUAUCAGUAUUUAUGAAUGAACUUGUUUCAUGGGAUGCGGUGACUGCCCGGCUCGUUAAGGCCAAGGAAGCUUCUUCAACAUAAAUUGGGGGCAAUAGCUUUAGUCAAAUAAUAAUAGUUUUGCCACGGUUGAGUUACAGGUUUGUAUUCUACAAUAAAAAUGAAAAAUUCAGAUCGAUGCAGUCAUAAGAUAGAGUGUAGAAGCAUAUUUUAUAAUCGUUUUCUCGUACAUUGUCAAACACGGUUUACUUCCCUUGUAAUUUGUUCGUUCACAUUUCAUUAUCCUUGAUUAACGUAAGGUGAGAGCUUUGCAUUCAAUUUAUUCUACAGAUUGAAGACAAAGAAAGAAAAUAAAAUAUUGAGGAUAAUAUCCUUCAAUUC